AUGAAAACUCCACUGAUCUUUAUUUGUAUUUUUCUAUCGCUUUGCGAAGCCGAAUUAAGCCGGGAUGACCUCGUCGAAUUUCUGCGGUUCAAGCAGGAGACGAGGAACACUUUCGAUAGUCGUGUCCACCAGCGCGUCAAACCGAUCGGCACCAUCGCUGGCAAACCCAUCUGGCCCAAGAUUGUGGAUCGGGUGAAUGGGCCGGGUGAUAUCUGGUUUGACGAUGACAAUUUUGGGUAUGUGAAUAACGCGCGUACUGCCGCUGACAUGAUCCGAGAAAUGGACCGGAAGAAGGAGUACGACUUUGUUGUCGGAUAUUUGGGAGAGUUGAUCGAGAAAAACGACGAGGAGGGCGGACCCCGGCAUUAUGGGCGU